AUGUCUCAAUUCCUCCAGCAAUCACUGGCACUCUUGUCAGUAUUAUGGCUGCCUAUCUGCACCCAAGCCCAUAUGCAGAUGAGUUCGCCAUAUCCACUCCGAAGCCCCCUCGAUCCCGAUGUUUCGGUUGAUGACAAAGACUACGACAUGACGACCCCUCUCCUAUCAGACGGCUCUAACUUUGCCUGCAAACACUAUCAGAACUACACCGGAGGUUAUGCGACGAAGGCAACCUACCUAUCCGGUGGCACGUACGACAUGUGGCUGAACGGCACGGCAGACCAUGACGGCGGCUCUUGUCAGCUCUCCUUGUCAUACGACAACGGCCAGACCUUUAAAGUGAUAAAGUCGAUGAUCGGUGGAUGUCCACUCACCCACAACUACAAUUUCACGAUCCCUGAGUUUGCACCCGCUUCGGAUUCGGCUCUGCUUUCGUGGUCCUGGUUCAAUCUGGUGGGAAACCGUGAAAUGUACCAGAACUGUGCACGGGUCAAGAUCAUCACGGCACCGAACCAGAGGUAUCGACGAGGCUCGCCUUAUAGGCGUCAGACUUCUUCCAUGGAACAGUUGCCGGAUAUGUUUGUGUGCAAUGUCGAUAACGGCUGUCAGACUAUCGAGCAGCAAGAAGUCGUUUUCCCGGAUCCUGGAGAUCAGGUUGUCUAUGCUCAAGAUGCUAUCACUCCGGACCCAGGACCGGGUUACAGUAUUGCUGCUGCUUCGACAACUUCCGCUUCGACAAUUUCCGCUUCCUCCGCGGAUCUGUCGUCAACAAGUACUGGUGACACAAAUUCAUAUAGUCCGACUCCGACUUCUCUCAUCUCAACUACCCUCGACGACUCCAACUGGCCCAACCACAAGCAGUUUUAG